AUGUGCUUUUCGGAGCGAUUUUCUGUCAAAUGAUUUCCGAAACGACGAAAAUCAAAUCGUUUGAAUUUUUUGGCGCAAUCCUUGCUGAAAUUAAUUGUUAACGAACAAAUACUAUAAGUCGAUUAAAAAAAAGUGCAGCCGAAAUUCGUGAGGCACAUGGCAUGUGAAGUGCAUCAAAUCAAUUUCAUUUUACUUCUUUCAACAUUGUGGCUAUCGAGUAUAAUCAAGGAAAGAAAAAGGAAACAACGAAUGUGAUUCAAUCAUUUUCGUUUUCCAAAAUCUUCCCCUCACUCUCUCAACAACAACAAGAAACGAAAAGAAAAGAAUCAAUAUCGAAAAAAGAAAAAUGCUCUAAAAGUGAUUUGAUACGAGAAAAAAAAAGAAAUCGAAAAGAAAAGAAAGGAGGAUUAUUAACAAUUACCAAGUGAAGAAAAACAAAACGGGUACGCGAAACAAAUGCAAUUAUAACAUUCAAUUCGACAACAGCAACAACAACAAAAAAACUGCUGCAUUACAUUUUGGCCAUUGAUUCUCUUGUAACGAACGCAUUCAAUCGAAACCCACAAAAAAAACAAUCAACAAAAUGGGUAAACUUCAAGCGAACAAACGCAUUGGACAAUCUUCAAAUCACAUCACAAUUAUUAUGAAUUUCUUAUCGGCAGUGGUAAUGCUAACAGCGAUCGUGCGCAUAGAUUGCCGAUCAACCGACCUGACGCCACCAGAAAGAUUGACAAUCGAGAGCAAUUCCAUUCAACGUUUCUUCACUGAAAAGAGCCAUACAACCGUAAUCGAUCCAUCGCGCUCAUUAAAACGUGCAUUUCUCUCGAAUCGAACCGUUACAUGCAACGAUGGAUCACAGGCCGGAUUUUAUCUACGAAAAUCACUCAAAUCCAAACGAUGGGUGGUUUUUUUCGAAGGCGGUUGGCAUUGUUAUGAUACAAAAUCGUGCCGAACACGAUGGUUACGGCUCAGACACUUGAUGACAUCGGCACAGUGGCCAGAAACCAGAGAUGUUGGUGGCAUUUUAUCACCGAUCGAAAGUGAUAAUCCAUAUUGGCAUGAUGCAAACCACGUUUUGGUGCCAUACUGCAGCUCGGACAGCUGGAGUGGAACGAAAGCGUUGCCUGAAGUUCGAGACGGAUGGUCUUUUAUGGGAUCGUUGAUUGUGCGUCAGGUGAUCGCUGAUUUGAUUCCAUUGGGCUUGGGACGAUCACAGGGCGGUGAACUCCUACUUGCUGGCUCCUCAGCCGGUGGUUUGGGUGUAAUGCUCAAUUUGGAUAAAGUGAAGCGUUUCCUGCGUGUUGAACGUGGCAUCAAAAUAACCGUUCGUGGUGUCAGCGAUUCGGGCUGGUUUUUGGACCGUGAUCCAUAUGUGCCAACAGCAGUUGCCGCCGUCGAUGUUGUUAAGAUGGGCUAUAAGAUGUGGGGUGGUGAUUUGCCAGCGGCAUGUACUGCAAAGCAUCCAACUGAACCAUGGCGUUGCUAUUUUGGCCAUCGACUCUAUCCCACUUUGACUUCACCUCUCUUUGUAUUUCAAUGGUUGUUUGAUGAAGCACAAAUGAGAGCCGACAGUAUCGAGGCACCGGUCACAAAAGAACAAUGGAAUCAUAUUCAUGAGAUGGGUGGUGCGUUGCGUUCAUCAUUGGACAAUGUAACGGCCGUCUUUGCACCAUCAUGUAUUGGCCAUGCCGUGCUCACGAAACGCGACUGGAUGGAUAUUAAAAUUGAUGAUAUUUCGUUGGCCGAAGCGUUACGGUGUUGGGAACGUGCAACGGGCAAACAACAAAAUAAAUCUCGACGUGCUUUUGAUUCAAAUCAAAAUCGGCCAAAGAAUCGACGAAAAAAUACCGAAAUCGCAUUUGGUGAUUUCAACGGUGAUAACACUCAGACACGUAUGGAAUACGGUAAUUAUUCAACCGUGCUAUUGCGGCACGGUCGACAUCGUCUAACGAAAGAAGAGCGAUUACGGCGUCGACAAAAUAUGACAAAAGAGGAGCGCGAACAACGUCGCCAGAAUCGUAUACGACGCAAGCAACAGAAUGCUUUCCUAGACAAACUCAAACAACAAAUAGACCGACCGAAUCGCAAAAAAUCUAAUGCCAAUCAGCAUGCAUCGGAGAUGUCAUUACGAGCACCAUCAUCGGUUCGUAACACCGUCAAUGGUAAUAAUAAUAAUAGCAAUGGCAACAGCAACAAGAAAAAUAACACCAACAACAACACCAGUAAUAACAGCAAUAAUUCGCCACAUAACAAUGAGCGUCGCCGCAACAAUGAGAAUAAGCGCAAAAAGCGACGAAAUAACCACAAAAACCACGAUAAUCAUAAUAAUAAUCGUCGAUUGUCGCAUCAUCGAAAGAAAUUCGCCGAACCGGCGCGUUGCUCAUUGCGUCUAUUGGAACGAUGCAGUUGGCCACAGUGUAACUUUUCUUGUCCAGCAUUGACGAAUCCAUUGACUGGCGAAGAGGUUCGUUUCCUUGAAUUACUUUCAUCGUUUGGCCUAGAUAUCGAAGCCGUCGCAACCGCACUUGGCAUCGAUAUGCAAACGCUCAACAACAUGGAUCAAGCCGAACUCGUGAAUCUACUCACCCAACAAGUUAGCUAGUUUGAAUGGAAUAUACGGAUUCGGAAUAAUUUGAUUAAUUCAACGAAAUUUGAAAUUCGUGAUAGCAACUAAAACAAAAUUAAAUGCGAAUGAGAAACAUAAUUAUGGAAUGCAGAUCCGAUUGAGACGAGAAAAAUAACAAGAAACACAGUGCCUACGACUAGAGAUCUAUAGUAUUAAUUCAUGUGAAAUGGAUAAAAUAAUUUUAGAAAACAAGCGAAAAGAAAAAAUAGAAAAAAAAAAUGUAUGAGUGAACGCAUGACAAGAUGAAGAAAAAGAAAACACAAAUGUAAUUUACCAUGUACAAAGUAUUGAUCGUGAGUUAAGCACACACAAUUUUGAGAGUGAGAGAGAAAGAGAGAGAGAGAGAGAGAGAGAGA